UUGGACACACACCGUGUCCAAAGACGUGCUAACGCUUCACGUGAAAAUUAUCUCACUCGAAGGGAGCCACAGAUGAGAUAAUAGGCCUGUAUAUAUAAACUUGUUUAUUGAGGAGUUCCGUUAUUAACACUUAUGAAACAUGAGAGAAUACACGAAAUGGUGCCUGGUGCUAUGUGUGCUCGGAGGCGCAAAUUGUUAUGUUUCCACUAUGCCUAAUAACUAUGACACUAUCGUGGUCGGUCUCGGCUCGGCUGGCGUGACAGCUGCUUCUACCCUCGCGAAUGCCGGCAGGAGGGUCCUUGGCCUUGAGGCUCAAGACCGGAUUGGAGGGAGAGUUAUGACUGUCCCAUUCGGUGAUGGCGUUGUCGAAGUUGGGGCUGAAUGGAUACAUGGAACGGAAGGAAGUCGCGUCUACCAGACGGCUAUCCGGAACAACGUUUCGGUCUUACCCCAGGACCUGAGCUUCCAGGUGUACAUGUCCGACGGGAGCCUCGGUAACAAGGAGCUCGUUAACGAGCUCAUAGAGUUCUGUUUACAAACCGUGGAGAAACCGCCAGAGGAGCCCGAGGCCCUCGGAAAGUUUAUUACUAGAGAAUUAAUGAAAUAUAUAAAUGAUAAACACCCAGAACUGUUGAACGAUAAGGAUUUCAUCGCAGAGUUCCUGGAAAUGAUGAACCUGUUGAUCAACAACUACGAGGCGUCGAACGAUUGGAAUGACGUCAGCGCGCAGACGAACUACGAGGAACUCGCUGGGCAUCAGCACACGAGUUGGCACAGACACGGCUACAAAACCUUCUUCGAAAUUCUCUUAAAUACGUACAACAACGGCACGGGCUUACCAACGUUAGACAUCAAACUAAACAAGGAGGUAACAUUAAUAAAAUGGCCGAAAAAUGCAACGGGCAACGUCCAAGUCGUAUGUAAAGAUGGCGAUGUUUAUACAGCAAGUAACGUUAUAGUAACUGUCUCGCUUGGGGUCUUGAAAGAAAGACAUUCACAUCUUUUCUUACCGUCAUUGCCGCAGGAAAAGAUUACGAUAAUUGAGAAAAUGUCGAUAGGUGUUAUGGACAAAGUGAUAUUGAAUUUCGAGAAGCAAUGGUUACCGAACGGUUCCUUCUACGGGUUCAUUUGGAAGGGGGAGGAUAAGAAGAAACUAAGUGACGAUGAUUACUGGACGACGAGGAUUUUCGGGGUUUCGACGCCCAUGGGUUCGAAAACUUCGCUGACUUUUUGGACGAGCGGCGAUGUCGGUAAAAUGGUAGAAACGUUACCUGAAGACGUUGUUAAGAGGAAAGCGAUGGAGCUCCUGAGGAAGUUCAUGGGGAAAAAUAUGACGAUACCGGAACCAACAGAUAUGAUAAGAUCGACAUGGUUUUCAAAUCCAUUCACAAGAGGCAGUUACACUCACGAUAAUCUUCUCAUGCACGAGUAUCCGAACGCGAGAGCAAUCCUCGGGGAACCCCUCGUCGACGAUUCGGGGUCUCCCAAAGUAUUGUUCGCGGGUGAAGCGACAGAUUUGAAGCAUUUCUCAACCGUCCACGGAGCUAGCGACUCGGGUUUCAGGGAAGCAAUGAGGCUCUUGCCUAGUAGUAAGGUUUAAAAAUAUAUUUUUAUGUAUCGAAAAUACAGUCAAAAUCUGUUAUAACGAUGUCGGAGGGAUUCUUGAUUUUUGUUUUGUUUUUUAUCAUUUUUUUUUUAAAUUGUUAUUCAUCUAUUCUUAAAAAGACCAUCUACUAAUUUGUACAACACUUGCGCUGGUUCUGAUGUAUUACACGAGGACACUGUUAUAUGCCCCCACCUCCCCGCAAUAAUUAAUUAAGCGUUUAAAUCAGCUUCAUUAAUAUCGGAAGGUCGUUAAAGCCGAAAAACAAAACGUCGCAACAACCAAUGACGGUUUUAAGGCACAAUGUCGCUUAAAUAUAAGUCCAUAAAUAAUAUACUCGUGUAAUUUUUUUUAACGUCUAAUGUAAAAAAUAACGAGAAUUGUUGGGACACUCGGAUGGAAGGAAUUAAAUAAAUUACCAACUUUUGAGAGUAAUUAAUAGAUAAUAACAAAAUUGUUAUGGAAAAUCCAGAGUGAAUCAAAACUACAACAAAGAAUAAGUUUAAUUAAUGGUAUAUUAAAGAGAAAGAGACAGAGAGAGAGAGAGAAAGAGAGGGAUAGGUUUCUGUCGGUUCACUCUACAGUAAGCGACGUAAAAAUGAUUUGCCUACCUUAUACGAGUAAAAUUCAUGGUUGACAUUUUCCAAACUUUCUUAGCGCGUCUACGUAUCAAAAUAUACUUUGUAAGUAUAAUCUUUACAUGAUAAAAAUUCAAUUUCGCUCGCGACUAGGCCUAGGGGCCUAAGCGAUGUCGUAAACGGUUAUGACUGUAUUUUAUUUUUUACACUUCCUUUUAUAUUUUUCAAACUCAAACUCCAAUUCCUUUAUUCAAUAUAGAAGCAUUACGCUUACUUGUCGAUAGCCAAAUUAAACAGAAAGAGAAGAACCGGCGAAAGGAUUUCAGAAUUUUUAUAAUAUGUACUUAUGUUAUUGUGGAAUCUGUGUCAGAAAUGUUACAUUUAAACAUUGCACACAGUUUUGACGUAGAAUUGUUACUCCCUAUCACCCAAUUAUGUCCAAAAAUGUUUUAGAAAAUCUUAAUUUCGUUAUUAAGGCUAACGAAUGUUGUCAUUGAAGUUUGUGGUGAAAUUGUUCCUAAUGAAUAUUUCCAUAUUUAAAUCAGAGCCAUUUUUUUUAAUAUAUAUUUUAUCGCAUUUAAAGAUAAUAAAAUGUUUUUUCUUAUAAGACUUACAGUGUAGCCAUGUCUGAAUUUAUUAAGGCCCCCGCCUGAAGGGGGCCUCGGAGUAUCGUUCCAGUGUUACUCGUACAGUUUUGCUAAAGUUGUAUUAAAAUAUGACGAUAGAGCCUAAAUAUUUUCUAUUAGGUUCUUAAAGGCCCUAUACGCCAAGUCGAAUGGACCCUAAGACAGCUCUAUUUGUUUUUUUUUUAUAUACAUUUCUAAUAAAAUAGAUGAUUACAAUUUUAUAUAUUUUAUACAUAUUUUAUACAAGGACACAUUUUAUUCUUAUAUAACAUACAUACAUAAAUAUGACUAUCCCG